AUGGCCUCCAUGCAGGACGGGCUGAACUUCACGUCUCCUACCUACGGCAAGGUCCUGCUGCUGGGUGCCAUCGCUGCUGCCUCAGCCUUCAUCGUCACCAUCCUCAUCGUGGUGCUCUGUGUGGGCUGCCAGAGGAAGGGAAAGACGCAUAAUGUCUCCAGUGAAAGUGGGAAACACAGGUUGAUGGACAUGAGUAUACUCAGGCAGUCAAAGCUGCGUUCCAUCAAGUCAUCUAAAAAGAACCGUCCGUCUAGCAUGGACCUCCUGCCCAGCCGCCGGUCCAACUCCGACCUCCGCUCCGGGGGAAGGACGCUACCCCAGAUCCCCUCUGGCACCGGAGAGGACGGGGAGCACACCUACUCUGAGGUAGGUCAACGCUCCUCCCCGAAGCGUGGCCCUGAUAACAACCUCUACGCCAUAGUGGGCAGGGCCGGAGAGACCGACACCCCAGCCCCUCCGGCCGUCCCAGCCAACACCCCUGCUCCCCCUGAUCUAGAUGGGGAUGGUUUGAAUGAACCGCUCCCCGAGCCUGAGCCCAUGCCCCAGGCUAUGGCUCAUCCGCAACCCCCGGAGACGACUGCAGAGUAUGCCUGCGUCCGGAAGCUCCGGAAGGUGGACAAGGCUGUCCCCCAGAAGAGAGACAGCGGGACCGAUAUGGGGGAGGCACCGGUGCCGCCUCCCCGCCACGCCCCACCAUCACACCCUGCCCCGCCUCCGCCACACCCUCACAGCAUGAAGAUGCCCCGGAAAAACGUGGAUGCUUUCAAGCUGCCCACCUUCCCCAAGGAGGCAGUGUUCAUGGGUAAUGGAGAGCAGUACAUAUGGAAGCCUCCAGAGGAUGAUGACAUCACCAUGCUCCAAAACAAACCGUUAGGCCCUCUGAGUCCUCACAGUGGAGAGAACAUACAGCCUUCCACUGCUAUGGUUGCAGAGAUGUACUCCAAGGUAUGCAAACCAGGCAAGAAGAAGAGAACUGUUCCUGCGUCUCCUCCAGCAAACAUUGGCUUCCGGACCUUGGGGCGUGGUGACCGGGACCGGGAGCGAGAUGGUGGGUUCAGUGUGGUGGUCAAGCCCCAGACCUGGGCCCCGCAGGAGGGGAAACCCGUCAGAGGAGCCUCUGCCACUCUGGAAGACCACUGUUAUGAGUCCAUCGAGACGGGGGAGGAGUGCGACCCCACUUAUGAGCCUAUGGAAGGUGGUUGCGGUUGGAAGCGAGUUGGAGGAACCGAACGGCCUCCCAACACCUGCGCCACACUCAGGCCCAGGAGGAAGAAAUCCCAUCAGCCCUUGCAGCAGCAGCAGCCUCCCCCGCCGCCGCCCACACAGCAGACCCCCAAGUUACAGCACCUUCCAGCCAAAGCCCUGCUGCUGCCCGGGGAGAACCUGUACGAGAGCAUUGGGGAACUGAAGCAGGGCGGAACUGCCAACUCCAGCACCACUACCAUCUUCACCUUCAACGACGGCAUGGAGAUGUAUGUCACUGGGCUCUAA